AUGAAAGUUUAUGCGUAAGUUUACCUUGUAAUUUAUUUAAAAAAAAUGAAUUUUUCUGCAGAAUAAUAGUUAAAACUGGUGGUUUUUGCGAUGGCAUAUUCUCAUUUUUGUUAAUUUUCUUUAGUCUCCGACUAUUUUCUUCAAAUUUCACACUAGUUUUUAUUUUCAACGGUCUCGCUCACUAUUUUUCAUUCGUCACAAACAAAAUGUGUUUCAUGGGUAUAGCAUCUCAUUUUUGAAAAGUUCUUUUGAUAGUGAAUUUUUUAAAGCAUACACCACACAACUCCACAUUUAUCUUCUAAGUACAUCUAUCAUUCUUUUCUCGUUUUUCUAUCGACAAUAUGUGAUAACAAAUCCGAAUCCUGGAAUUUUUCUCAGCCAAAAACAUGUCAAACUUUUUAUUUAUUGUUUGAUACUUUUAACAACCAUUUAUAUUCCAUUCAUAAUUUAUCUGAAUAUUAUUCCCGAUGAAAAACUAAAUCACUUGAUACAAAACAUCCGACCAGAACUAUUAAAUGAUAAAUGGAAAUAUUACGCAAUCAUUGAUUAUACAGAAUUUCCAAAUUCAUUAACUGAAUCUUGUAUUAUGUUUCAAAAUUGGAUUGUUUUGUUUUACGGUUAGUUUCAAUCUACUAUUUUGCAACGCUCAGAUUUAGAAAAAAGUUGUAUAAUGAGUCUCUAUAAACAUGAUCAGCUUCACAAAUUUGAAGUGAUAUGAAUUUUCAGCAAUUUACUGUCGACGUAAAGUAAAUCGAUCAUUAUCAACAAUUUCGAUGAGUCUAACAGUUCGAAAACUUCACAAAUCCUUACUGACAGUCUUGAUCCUUCAAGUCCUUUUCCCACUUUCUCAAAUCGUUUCAAUUUGUAUGCAUGGAAGUUCAAUGAUUUGGAACAAAUUACAAACUCCGUUUUUUGAAAAUUUUCUGGAGCUUCCAAUAUCACUUCUUUGUUCUAUUACACCAUUAUUCACUAUUUAUUUUGUCGCACCUUAUCGGUUUGUGAAUUUUUUGAAGCUUGAGAAUUUUCAAAAUAAAGCAUAUACAGACAUGCGUUCAAGUCUAUUUUCGGUUUCGGAACAAUAUCUCCAAUGCCUGUGUUUUCAAUAACAGUUUCAUCAUCAACACCUCAAUUGUAG